GAGGAGGAGGAGGAGCUGGAGUUUGGUAGAGAGAAGUUUGUUUUAAGAGGAAGCUUGCAAAAGUAUUCCGUGUGCAGCCCAUCAACUCAACAAGUGAGCAGUGACAGGGAUUAAAGCGGAGCUUCUGCUAACGAUUCACUAUGGAAAUCCCUCCCAUUAAUCUAAAGGCCAUAGUACUGGUGCACUGGCUGUUAACAGUAUGGGGCUGCCUGGUGCAGUGGAUGCCCAUCUCCUUCUCUUGGAGUAACUUCAGUAUUCUAGCUGUCGGGCUCUGGGCCAUUGCACAGAGGGACUCAAUCGAUGCCGUGCUCAUGUUUCUCAUCGGAAUGGUUGUUACAAUAUUGACCGACAUCAUCCACUUUGGGGUCUAUUACCCGAUAUUUGACACGGUGCCAGGAGUGCGAACAGACGUGUUUCGCUUCAGCACAGGAAUGGCCAUCCUCAACCUGCUGCUCAAGCCCGUGUCCUGCUUCUUUGUUUACCAAAUGUACCGCGAACGAGGAGGAGAGUACAAUGUCAACUUUGGCUUUUGGCCUUUCUCUGCAGGUUUCCCCUCUGUGUCAAGAAACAGAGAGGCCUACCAGUCCAUCGACCAACAGGACGAGUCGUCCAACCAAGCAAAUCCCUUCAACCAGGCCCAGGACAGCAAACCAGCGGUCCGCGCAUACUGAGAGAACUGUGCAAUGAACAAUACAGUGUUUUCCUCUGGCUGUCUUUAUGCAGCAGUGCGGGGCUUGGGGGCUUUUUUUUUUUCUUUCGAAAAAUCGAUUCCACAACAGUCCAUUUGUUUUGUGCCGUCAGUUCUCUGCAGGUAGAAACAGAAUGAAUAUGUUUAUUAUGUUAAAAGAUGAACUCUGUCUCGGUUCUACAAUGACAUGUGGCAUAAUUAAACCCCUUUAUUCUCUCUAAAUGUUUUUUUUCCUGAGGUCAUAUGUCACUGCUGACAUAAAUACAGAGGAACGACUGUUACUGUUUGAGAGUUGUUGAAUGUAAUAUUUGUGUUUACAGGACUUUCCUUGGUUGAAUUUUUUUUUUACAAAUGUGACACUUUUGUAAAGCUAGAGAUUAAGAGCCACAUGUGUUCCGUAUUACAUUUUUAAGUUUUUUGUCAGAGUUCUGUAAAUCUUAAAUCACUGGACACAUUUAAACACAAAAGUGCGCCAUGCCUGAAAAGCUGCCUUUGUACUUUUUCAUCGAAUGAUUUUUGAAGAGUUGAAGACAUGAUGACCAAAGUCUCAGGCCAAAUAAUUUAUCUGAAUGUUGAUCUAUGCAAAGUCUGUGUGACGGCUGCACUGUGUCUAUGAAACAUGUGAAAGAAAA